ACCCCCUUGGCCCAGUGCAUUCCCAGUGUUGAGGCGCCAGCUGUGUUCCUGACCCCUGAAUAAAUCAGAGCUACACAGAGCCUGGCAGGGCUCCGGGACACAUUUCCUGUCACGGCCUAGGGAAAGCAGUUGGCCAAGGGAGUGUGGUGGGGACUUUCUGCUGCUGGGGGUGAGAGCUCAGGAGAGGCGAGGGGAGGGCACACGUGGUGAUAGAAAGAGUUGUAGAGGGCGGUGACUCUAGAGACAGCCUGGUGCCCUCCAGCAAGCCAGAGGACUUGGGAGCAGCUGUGUGCUCUGAGUCUCCAGGAUGAGGCCAGCGCUUGCCCUGUGCCUCCUCUGUCCAGCGUUCUGGCCCCGGCCAGGGAACAGCGAGCAUCCCACCGCCGACCGCGCAGCUUGUUCGGCCUCAGGGGCUUGCUACAGCCUACACCACGCUACCAUCAAGAGGAGGGCAGCAGAGGAGGCCUGCAGCCUGCGCGGCGGGACUCUCAGCACCGUGCACUCAGGCUCGGAGUUGCGAGCUGUACUCCUGCUCUUGCGUGCAGGUCCCGGGCCUGGCGGAGGCUCCAAAGACCUUCUGUUCUGGGUGGCUCUAGAGCGUGGCCGUUCACAGUGCACCCUGGACAGAGAGCCUUUGAGGGGUUUCUCCUGGUUGCAGCCAGAGCCAGAAGACUCUGAGGACAGCUCACUACCGUGGGUGGAGGAGCCACAACUUUCCUGCACUGUAAGAAAAUGUGCUGUGCUCCAGGCCACCGGGGGAGUGGAGCCUGCUGGCUGGAAGGAGAUGCGCUGUCACCUGCGCGCAGACGGCUACCUAUGCAAGUACCAGUUUGAGGCUCUGUGUUCUGCACCUCGCCCGGGAGCCGCCUCUAACUUGAGUUUCCAAGCUCCCUUCCGACUGAGCAGCUCAGCGCUGGACUUCAGCCCUCCUGGGACCGAGGUGAGUGGGAUGUGUCCCGGGGACUUCUCCGUCUCGUCCACCUGCAUCCAGGAAGAGACAACCGCACGUUGGGAUGGGCUUUUCCCCGGGAAAGUGCUCUGCCCCUGUUCUGGGAGGUACCUCCGUGCUGGCAAGUGCGUGGAGCUCUCUGACUGUCUAGACCACUUGGGAGAAUUUGCCUGCGAAUGUGCAGCGGGCUUUGAGCUGGGGAAGGACAGACGGUCUUGUGAGACUAAAGUGGAAGGACAACUAACCCUCGAAGGGACCAAGUUGCCCACCAGGAAUGUAUCAGCCACUCCAGCAGGUCCUGUGACAAACAGAACAGGGCCAGGUCAGGUCUAUGACAAGCCAGGAGAGAUGCCCCAGGUCACUGAGAUUCUUCAGUGGGGAACACAGAGUACUUUACCUACUGUUCAAAAGACCUCACAAACCAAGCCAAAAGUCACUGUCACGACAUCAGGAAGCGCGAUCCCCACACUGAACUACACAUCUCCGCCCCCUGUUUCUCUGACUUUCGACUCCUCCUCCACGGUGGUCUUCAUACUUGUGAGCAUAGCAGUAAUAGUUUUGAUAGUCUUGACCAUUACAGUGCUGGGGCUUUUCAAACUCUGCUUCCACAAGGGCCCUUCCUCCAGGACAAGGAAGGGAGCUUUGGACUCACAGGGUGUGGAAUGUGAUGCCGAGGCCACCUCUUUGCGACACAAUUCUGCACAAUGCACUGCCACUGGAGAGAAGAGUGGGGACUGUGGCCUGAAGGGCUGAGCUGACGGCUCUUCACUGGCUGGGUCCUUUCGUGGACCCGGACACGUAGGGAAACAGCUCACAUCUUGUCUAGAUUUUCAGUCCCAACACUUGGGGAAAGAAGAGAGCUUGCAAUGAUUACUGUGGAAGUCCCCCUUCCGGUAAAUUCUCUUUAUUCCACUAAGGAGCUAAAUCUGAAAGAGUCAGUCUUUCCCAGAAAGUGGAAGAGGUAGAGGCUGUGAGCUGGUACUGGAGGACAGAGUGGACAAUGGCAGGAGGCGUUUUCCUGUGCUCUGAGGGAAUUUGGAGACAUGCUUGAAUAGUUCUGGUAUCGGAAACAAAUAAUUAACACUCUAAUUUUUGGAACAUUUAUUUUCAUCCAAAAUGAAAAGGAAAUAUCUAUAUUAUUCAGACUAGGAAUAUAUUAGCUUGAAAUUUUCAGGCAAAUAAUAAAACAUUACUGAGAACCUAGACUAACAUAUGUUUGACUUAUGCAAAGGGUGUUAUUUAGGAGUACAACAUUCUGAGGGUAGCAACUGGCUAUGGGGUUUACUGAGAGGACACACAAGAGUACACUCUGUGCUUUGAGGGAAAAGUCCUUAUACCCUAGCUCCUUCGGAACUAGAGAAGUUCCCCUUUAUUCUUUUAUCCUUUGCUUUCAAAGUCACUGUGACUACUCUGCUAUAAAUCCUAAGUGCAAUGUUGCCAGUUUCUGACUCCAGAAGCAAAUUACAGUUGACCACCAA